AUGGCAGGCCGCCACGAAUAUGAGAGUAACCGGAAUCACCCAGACUCAACAACAUCGAGAAGAAAAUCCAGCGUCAAAGCGCAUCAAUUCACGCAUUCAGACCACCAAAGAAGAGCAUCGGUGGUUUAUGGCUCAGUGGGUAAAGGAGGGCUCUUUGUGCCAUCCGACUUUAUCAAGCCAGAAGACGAGGCUGCCAUAGUCGACUUGACCCCUGGUGAAAACGACCUUCUUUUGGGCGAACACUUGUCUCGCACGGGCCCUAAAUCAAGACGGAAAUCUUAUUUGUUGUCGUUGGCCGAUGAUGACGCCGUGAGCCAAGAACGCGACCUCUUGCAAGCUAACCACAUCGCCAUCGAGGACCCCGCCAGCGACUCCGAGGUGCGCGAUGCCUUUGAAGAAGCCGUGAUUAAGCACCAGAUUGAAACCACGACUCCCUUGAUCGAGCUCCGCACCUUGAUCAAAAACGCGAUCCCUUCAGUGAUCACCUUUUUGCUCCAAUGCUCGCUUUCUACAGUCUCGGUGUUUGCCGUGGGCCACAUUGGCGCGGCGGAGUUGGCGGCGGUGUCGAUGGGGGCCAUGACCGCCAACAUCACCGGCUACGCUACUAUUCAAGGUAUCGCCACCGCGUUGGACACCUUGUGCCCGCAAGCUUUCGGGGCCAAGAGGUACACCCUCGUGGGCGACUAUAUGCAGAAAUGUCUUGCGCUCAUCUUCACCGUGAUGGCGCCCGUGCUUAUAUGCUGGUUAUUUUUCGGGUACGACUUGAUUUGCUUGAUCGUCCCCGAUAAGACCACGGCCCAUUUAUCCGCGGUCUAUCUCCAAUACGUGGCAUUUGGCAUACCUGGAUACAUUGCUUUUGAAUGCGGUAAGCGUUUCUUACAAGCGCAGGGGAUAUAUCAGAUUGGAGCAUACGUGCUCUUGAUCGCCGCGCCCACGAAUUUAGUGAUGAACUUUGCCUUGGUGAAACAAAUGGGCUACAUCGGCGCCCCGAUAUCAGUAGCGAUAAACUACUGGCUCAUGGCGCUUCUCUUGUUCAUCGCCACCGUCUUUUUUGUAAAGCCCCACCAUACGCCCACUGGGAUACACCCUAUGGAAUGCUGGGGUGGCCUCAACAUCAAACGCGCCUUCAGUGGCUGGUCUCGCUUGUGCUCGCUCGCCAUCCCCGGGUUGAUCAUGCUCGAAGCUGAGUUCUUAGCGUUUGAAAUCUUGACUUUGCUCGCGUCGUACAUCGACACCACGUCGCUCGCGGCACAAUCCAUCGGCACAACCAUGGCCUCCUUGACCUACCAAGUGCCGUUCGCCAUCGGUAUCGCGUCAUCGACGCGUAUCGCCAACUUCCUAGGCGCAGGCCUCGCGGAAUCAGCCAAGAUCACCACGCAAGUCUCACUAUCAUUCGGACUCGUGAUCUCGGCGCUCAACUUUUUGGCCUUGUUUGUGUUUCGCCGCCAGAUCGCGUAUGCUUUCACCGACGACGAAGAAGUGAUCGCCACCGUGUUGGGGAUCAUGUGGCUCAUUGCGCUCAUGCAGGUUUCGGACGCCAUCAACGCCAACUCGGCGGGCUGUUUGAGAGGUCAGGGCCAGACGAAGAUUGGCGGUAUCGUCAACUUGGUUAGCUACUAUGUGGUGGGCCUACCCUUGAGUAUAUACUUGACCUUUUUCAGCCCGUGGAAGGGCAAAUUGGCCGGGUUGUGGGUGGGAAGCACGGUAGCGUUGACCAUCAUUGGCGUGGUUCAAAGCUGGUACAGUUUGACUGCUGAUUUCAACAAGUUGUGUGAAUAUGCCAGAAGCCGCACCGGUGACCAUGUCGUUUGA